UUUUAAGUAUUUUAAUCAUUAUUAUUUCAUCGUGUAUGGAUACCUUACAAAGCCCAACAAUGAUGAAGAAAUCACUUUCAGCCAGGGUUCAACCUGAAAACUGAAGUGAAAAACUAUCAAAAGGAGAGGUCUUUUCCCAAAAAGUUUCGCCCAGGACAGGGUGUUCUAAAUUAAGCUCCAAUAUUGGUAUGGGAAGAUACAGUAUGCCACUAGUAAUUAUGCCAAACUCUGUUCACAUCACCAUGAGCCUGAUGUCUUUGAAUAGUAAGAAGAAUCAACAGGACCUUGAAGCUCUUAACCAUGACUUGGAAUCAACCUUAGAUGGAUCUUUUAUGACAAUCUCCGAACAAAAUGAUGACAUCGACCUGAACGAGCACGCUAUUAUUGAUCUAGACGACCAGUGGACCCUUGAAAGACUAAAUAAUCUAGCUUACAAAGCCUACCUCUGUCAUGGAAAGCAAGCUAGAAUCUCCCUCGUACAUGAGCAAGAGACUGGCAGAAAUUUCGCCCAGAAAGUUUAUCAAUCUCGUUCAAAAUUCUGCAAGAAAGCUGAAGAGGAAUUCAAGAGAGAAGUGAUGUUCUUAACUACUCUCAGUCACCCGUUUAUUAUAAAAUUUCAUUAUGCAGCUCAGGAGGAGCAGAAGUACAAAAUCCUGCUCGAUUUUUGUCAAGGAGGAGACCUCAAAAUGCAUAUGAAUUUAAUCAAAAGAUCGAAGAAAUUCAAAUUUUCGGAAAGAACUAUUAAAUUUUAUAUUGCUUGUAUCAUUCUUGCACUUAAGAAAGUUCAUGAAAAUGACAUUGUCUACUGAGAUCUUAAACCAGAGAACGUGCUCAUUGACGAGAAAGGCUUCCCUUGCCUUUGCGAUUUUGGAAUGUCAGUUAAAACUGAAGAAAUAGAUACUCCCUUUGGAAGAAAGCAAAGAGGCACUAAAGAAUAUUUUUCUCCAGAAAGAGUUAGAAGAGAAAAUUACAACCACACCUAUGAUUGGUGGUGUCUAGGCAAUUUGAUCUACGAGCUACUUGAAAAUGUUACUCCCUUCGAGGACCGUAACAUCAUCACCUCUUUCAAAUAAAAUCACGAACGAUGAGGUAGAAUUCAAAAAUGGGAAUGAUUACUCAUCCCAAUGAACCGACUUCAUCCGCUCCUUACUAACAAAAGACAAAGAUAUACGCCUUGGAGCGGGAGGAACUUCCGAGGUGCAGCAACAUGACUGGUUUAACGAUAUUUCAUGGGAAGAUCUGGAGGCCAAAAGGAUUGACCCUCCCUGGAUCCCUGGAAUAAAGAAGCAUCACACGACUUAUUAUUUCGAAGACAUAGACUAAAAACUAUUUUCUUGUAGUA